CGUAGACUUGCAUAGGACACACGUUUGCACCUCACACCGCCCCCUCCAGGGUCAGUCAGUGCGCUCGGGGACAACGUGUAGGAUGUAUCUGCGGUGUAGUGCUUUGCUCUGGCCCGGACACUAGGACACUUUGCCCGUUUAGCAGCCUGAAGAGACUUGUACUGCAGACACUUGUUGCUCAGGGAAGUCUGUAUGUGCGGCGCUGCAGCUUUGGAUACUGUACACACUGAGCCCUGCAGGCAGCGGGCACACAGAUGCAGCACAAGUAGAAGAGAAGCUGACAGCCUGGAGGACUUCACACCUCAUGUGGGGAAUGGGAAUUGUUUCACAAAAGGGGUUUUAAGAACAAUAUCAAUUUGUAUUUGUAAUGGCUGGAAAAAGACACUUUAGCACUGUGGACCAUAUGACUCACAAUAAGUUAUCUCGGUUGGAGUUUGCACCACAGCGUUCUACAGCUUGUUUUGGGAUUACAAAUCCGCAAGAUCUGCAGACAUGUCAGAACUUCAUGGCCUAUCCUGUACCUGAUAUUAAAGCGCAUGGAUCUUCUAAUCCCUGGAGCUCUAAAGUAGCAUAUCUGCAGUAUGCAGGCAGUGCCCUAAAUGAUCAUCUAAAAACUAGAGAAGCUUCACUAAAGUAUCAAAGAUCAAAUGCUGAACGACAGCAUAAACCUUUGCAACUGUCAGAUAAUACAAAUAAUCAGGUUCCACUUCAAAGUCCUGUACAUAGUUAUCAUAUGUCAUACCCACGCGCAUGCCCUCCAAUUGCAAUGCCCAGGCCUGUUUACAGAAGUCAAAACAAGUUUAUGGAUGCGGCAUAUGGUUCAAGAGGUUUUCAAUCUCUUGGUGUCUGUGUAGCAUCUCAGCCCCUAUGUCCAUCUACUGUAGAAUGGAAUUCUGCUAAAUUUACCCAUUCCUCUCCUCCUUCUCCAUCUGGAACAAAGAAGCACUUAUCUACCGCUAGCACUUACCCUGAGGUAGCUGGGAGCCCGUCCUCUCGAUCUCAGGUCUUACAGGAGCAAAGUCCUGUUUAUAGACACAGGGCUGAUAUGAGUCUUGCAGUAGGUGUUUCAUCAACAUGUUCCCAAAAAGACAUUUUCACAGAUGCCUGCCAGACUGUUGCUCAACAAAAUAUUCAGCUUCUCUAUGCUGAAGGCAAUGUACCUUUUGGAAGGCAACGAACAUCGGCCUUUACCACUCCUUCUCCACAACACAAUAGACCUAGAGCCUAUCAAGGUAGCCUAGAUUGUCGAAUGGGGAAUUUGUAUUCAAAAAAUCCUUACAGUAAUACAAUGAACAAUAUACACCAAAGAUCCUCUCAAUUUUCUUGCAAUAUGGACUUUACAGAAGUACCCCACAAUGUAAGAGGGAGUUCAGUUUAUCCUAACCGACCACAACACAUGCAUUCAGGAUAUGUGAAUGCAGAGCUGAGAGUACAAAUGUCUCACCUUGAUGGAACUGCACAACAUAGUGAGAGAUCAUUCCAAGUGAACCCAAGUACACACAAGACCAUUGAAAGGAUUCCUGAAAGCUCACCUCAGCGAAAUGAGAAUUUGUGGGCACAAUCUGGUCCAAUAAACAGAGAGCUAUGUGAGACAUCUAGCAGUGCAGACAAAGAAAUGUUAUUUGACUCAACCUCAACUAAUAGGAGUUUGCAAGAAAGGACCGUUUAUCAAGAUCCCUUUGUACGACAGAGUGUACAUACUUCAUUUGUUCAAGAAAGUAGCAGUUCCGUUAAAAUGCCAAUUGUCUCCAGUCAUGAACUUUUAUCUGGUCAACAUUCCAGUAGCCAUUCAGUUACUUUAGAGGCAUCCUCAUUGCAUAGCUCCCUCCAUUCUUUUGAAGGUGGAGCUACAGGUAUUCGAAUAGUAGAAAAUGCUACUAUAAGUAAUAGCAGUAGAUCACACCUACAUCUAGAACAUGCAGAAUCAACUGUUCCUAGCUCUUCUGUUGUGUCUGGUGUUGGCAGCCAGUAUCAAAUAAAUUAUAACAAUGUGAGAUCAGGACAUGAUAUAGCUGCAUUAGUGUCUCCAAACUGUGAACUUCCAGGCAGUAAUGUGGUAAAUGCUGAUGAUCCAAAAUCUGCUUCUACUUCUGUCAAUGAGGAUUUGAAUAUUGAUAAUCCAAAAUCCCCACCAAUGCCAGUUAUUAAUGAUGUGUUCAGUCUAGCCCCCUACCGUGCUUAUUUAGAAGGAAAAGCCCCACAUCCUUUUUCUCUAAAUCAAGAAUCCGAAGUGGAAGAUAUAGCAUCUACUUCUGCUUUCCUUGAGGCUCCUUUUUCUGAAGAUAAAACAAAAAAAGCUGAGGACAUUUCUAGUACCACUAAAGUAGUAAAUGCUGACAAUGCAAAAGUUGUAAAAAUUCUAAAUGGAGAAUGUGUGCAAACUGGAGAACAAGAAGUCUUCAUGCAAAAUAUAGGUGGAGAAUCUGUGGUUCUAGAUCUUAGUCUGAAGAAGUUACCUCAGACCAGUUCCUCUCUUUGUGCCCAGCUGGAUUUUCCUUGGUAUGACAAGGAAUCCUUGCCUGCUGUUGCUGCAAACAAAUUACCUAGUAAAGCACAAAAACAAAUUCAGGUUCAAGAAGGAUACAUGGCUUCAGACACCAGCAGAAUUUUUCACUUGGAUCAGGUAAGAGAUUCCUUUCAAGCCUCUAAAAUAAUUGUUGAAUCAAGUCAAGACAGACUGCCCUCCUUAGGCCAAGAGAAAAAACUGUCAACUGAAAACAUUCUCCCUCAGACCCCCAAAGCCUUUCCCUGGCAGCAUCAGGAGAAUUGCCAGUCUCAAGCUACAGAAACACAAAAGAACAAGUUAGGGGAAAGCUCUGUGUCCUUGGCCAGCAAUCGCAUGUCCAACCAACUGGAGUGUAACUAUUCUCGAGAUACAGAGAGAUCGCUCAGCCAGCAUCAAAAAAGUUCCUUACCUCAGAUGAUUGACCGUUUACCACAACAAUCUCAGAAGAAUCUCCCAUCUCAAGACUAUACAAGCAAACUCCAUAAUUUUCAGGACAGUUACAAAUUCCAUUCCAACAAAAGCCUAUCCUGUCAUCCUCAGGAUAGCUCUUCUCAGGUACCCAAAAGCUUGCCACAACAAGAACCUUCCAGUAACACACAUCAGACCUUAAGGACUGUACCUGUUCAUACUUCGGUACAACAUCCUAGUCUCUCAGAUGUUUCAGUCUUUGUAAAUACCAUGAAAUCCCAAACCACCAUUCUGCCUGUUAUACUUGGCUCUCACCCUGCUGUUUACUUCACUAAUACAAUAGCAUUACACACCUCCCAGCCAACAUCUGUAGAGAGACCUAUACAAAUUGCAAGAAGUUCCUUUGAAUCGUGUCAUUCAUUGUCUUCACCGUCAAGUUCAGAGAAUGAAAGUAAUGGCUUCCAAAGUUCAAAAUCAUUCAUGUUUCGGAAGUACAAAAUGAAAAAGUUUUCCUCUGAGGAACAGACUCAUAGAGUUAAUAUUGACUCUGCUGCCCAAAAUAUGUCUAAUCUGUUUUCACCUGAUACCAUGCAGUCUCUGCCUCCAAGUGCUCCUGAAUCUUCUCCAGCACUAGGGGAAGCUAAUGUAUCCUUGGCAAGUGUUGGUGAACCUUCUCUUAGUAGUUCUGAAAAGCAGUUUCGUGAACUUCAUCAUUCUGUGCACACAGCUAUUACUAGUGCUGUUGCUAGGGCUCCUUCCAGCUUGCUUGAGGACUGGCUAUCAAAAACCAAGGUUGAAGAGACCAGCAAGACACUUGUUAAGACUAAGAAUAGUUUUAGGUCAAAUGAUCACUCCUCAGACUUGCCAGGCGAAGAUAUAUGGCUUGCUUUCGAUGGAGUUCGUUUACUACUUCAUAAGCUGCUAUCCCAGUUGGAAACGUUCAUGUUUACUCGAAGAUGCCCAUUUUCACAUGUCAUACGAGCUGGUGCAAUCUUUAUCCCUAUUUAUAUGGUAAAGGAAGUUUUGUUUCCAGAGUUGUUGGGUCCUGCAGUAGAUAAAAUUUUGCAGAAGCAUAAAGUAGAACUUCGUCCCACCACUUUAUCUGAAGAAAAAUUACUCAGAGAGACUGAGCUUAAAGAAUGUCCUUCCCGUAUGUUAAAACUACUGGCCCUUAAGCAGCUUCCUGAUGUUUAUCCAGAUUUACUAUGUCUCUUUUGUAGACACACCAUACAACAGGAGCUCGGUAAAAGUACACGAACUCUAGAGAAAGAGGAGCUCAAACGAAGUGAUCCCCCAAAAAAGGAACCACACAGUGCCUCACCAAGGAAAUUAAUUUUAAAGCUACAGAGAGUUCGCAAACACUCCGGUAUCCACGUGUAUAAGACUCCAAAUCCAAAGAGUCCUCAGAAGGACGACAAAUUACAGAAAAGUCCAGUUUGUCGCAAGAAACCAUAUAGAGCACGUCCAGUGUUUACCUACAAAAAAAGAAGGCGGCGACGUACAAAUUCACGUUUUCCAAAUUUAGUAGGGAAACGCAUCCUACACUUGUUUGAUGAUGGUGAACAAGAAGUCUGGUUUCCUGGUAGAGUGCAUCGGGUGCAUCGGCGCUCACGUACCCUACGUGACACCCAGUUUGAGGUGUGGUAUGAUGAUGAGCCAGGCACUCGCUAUUUCUUAGAACUACUGCAGGACUAUGAAAAAGGCUGGCUGCAACUUGAUGGUUUAGCUGGUCCAUGUAAAAUGGUCACACAGUAGCCCAGGCAGGCCUGGAGCAUAGUGAUGAGUUGAACAUUUCUAUUUGAAAUAUUUUGUAAUUUCUUAUUUUGUGAGGAAUAUGUGAUUACUGAAAAUGUCAUUGUGCCUGUUUUACAUCUGUAACCUCCUUUCCAGGUUCAGAGGUUUCUUUUUAUGUAAAUUAUUAACCAGGUAUCCUGGAUUCCAAUGUAUUGUGUUAGCAAAUUUUGUAUUAAGCAUGUUUCUCUAAUAUAAACAAGUGCCUUAACAUCCUCCUUUACUUGUUUAGUAUUUCUAUGUAUAUGAUAGUAUGUCACUGGUUUAGUUUGAAGAGGAUAAUGUAUCAAAUGUGCAUAUCCUAGUUGAUCCAGUUGUAUUAAAGCUUUCUCCCUUUUUGAACGGCAUUACACAACAUUUUACAACAUGUGCAUGCAGUGUUGAGUAACUCUGCAUGUAUGCUUUAUCACUUUUGUUCCGGAUUUGAGAUAUAUUAUUCUUUUUUCUCCAUUCAUGUCCUCAGCUGCUUUCAAAAUUCUGAUGGUUGCUCAAGUAAGGAGAUUUACACUUUGCAUUCAUGUGUAAAGAUGUCUAUACACCUUUGAUCAGCAUCAAACCAACCCACUGAUUUUGAUUGGACUAGUCAACAUUCUAGUUUGAAGAUUCCCUCAGCCUCAUUUCCCCCUUACAUUUCACGUUAAAAUAUAAUCAAGCGUGUGGACUUUCAACAUGACCAAUCCUUUGAAUUUGGGAGAAAAACUGCCAACAGUUUCAUGGAAACGUUUGUUUUUGUUUUUUUUUUCCUUUUUUUUUCUUCCCCUCUCCCCAGUGGAAGCAAUGGAGUGUGCAUUUGUUUGUGGGGGUCAUGUUAAAUAACUGCCAGAUAGUGACAGCCAUAACACUGUCUUUUGAGCUCCAGCAAUGCAUUGCUCAAGAUACCCAAAGGCAAAUGAAUUUGGCAAUGAAUAUGUUUAGAAGAAAUCCUCAUAGAACUUAAAACUUAUUUGCAAACUUCCCAAACUUUCUAUAUAGCUUAAAAGGAAAGACUGAUACUGUUUUGGGCCUAGUGUAGUUUCUGAGCGGAAGUCAUGCUACUCCCAUUUGGGCCCUGCACUAUACUUGACACUGUAAAUUGUAUUUCUAAUGUGUGAACAAUUUUUAAAAAUUGAAGUAUGUUUGUUUGUUUGUUUUUAACGUUUUACACCUAAAUUAGGUUUACAAUUUGUAAUUUUAGAAACUUUUUAAAGGGUUUGUUGAAUUACUUGGAGUUUUUUUUACAGCUCAUUGGGAUGCACUAAACUGAUGUCCAGUACCACCACACUGGCCCUCCUAUCAGCUUUGUUUACAGUGAUUGGCUGCAGUAAUAAUGGAGGUAUACAAGCAUGUCAUUGAUCGCUGCUGCCGUGUAAACAAAGCUAACAGGGAAAACUGGAGCAGUGGCCCUGGAUGGAGCAAGGAUAAAACAGAAUAUAGUUCUUAUUGUUUAAACUGUAGGAAAAUUUCCAAAUAAGUCGGGCAUCCUUUUUUAAGGGCUAGCACAGAAGCUAGUUUACACGAAACGUAAUUGUUUACAGCAAUCUUAAAUAUAAGAGCACAUUUCAGAUUUUUUUCCAUCUUCUGUGCUGCCAGUGAUCAGUUUUUAUUUAAAAGAUGUCAUGUAACAUUCACUAGGAUAUCCUCCCACCAUAUAAUGUGGUGACUUAGUAAAGUUUCUGUGGAUGUUAGUCCACUGCAUUUAAGACAGGCAUACAUUUAGGACCAAGUUCAUAGUUGGGGUUAUUUGAACAUCUACAUUGACAGCAGCAUUAUACAGAUUUGUACCCCAUUUCCUUAUCUUUAGGAUAGCUUAUUUUUUUUUAUCAUAUGUGUUAUAUUAGCAUCUUUGUAUGAUGUUGGUAAUCUAUCAGCACAUAGUGUGGCCUAAUAGGAGAUAAUGUGCUAAAGCUAGUUAUUUUAUAUUAUGCAUAAUGGUAAUGCAAAAGCAGGAGUUGCCAACCGCCCGCAGCUUUCUUUAUGGAACAUGUGCUACAUUGAUGCCAUUCUUUAUCUGAUUGUUAGGAACCAGUUUUUAUUCAUAAGCACUACCUCCCAGUUAUCCAUAUCAAAUUAUUUUGUCACAGAGGACCAUGCUUCUCAAUCUAAUAUUGAACAAACUCUGUAUUAUACCACUUAACAAUAUCAUGUGUCCACAUUACUGAGUUGUUUUAAAUGGAAAAACAAAUUUACAUUUUCUUAUGGGCCAUUGAUGGUUUCCAUGUUUUGAGGAUUUUAUACACCAUUUUAUUUAUACACAGGGCCAAAUAAAAGUGCACUUCCAUUAAAAAGGAGGGUUAAAUUGGACUAACCCUUGUCUGUGUUUAUAUGAAAUUAUAAAAAGCUGACUUUCUCAAAGUAUUGCCUGUAAUGUGAAACAAUUGUAAACAAUGUUUUUAUGCUUUACAAGCAUACUGUAGGGAGCAAUAAGUAAGUUAAAUAUUUAACAUUAAAGAGCAA